AUCCAACCACCCCCAACACUAGGCAGCUACAAAAAAGCGCGAAGGAGUCACAAUUUGGACAAAGUUAAUGCGAAAUAAAAGUUUUGCGCGCGAUCAUGGAGACCCCAACGGGUAGUGGGCGUCCCGGUCGCAUGGCCACGCCGCGCCUCUCCGAGCGCAAGCGGCAACUCUUCGGCAGUCCGGUAUCCAGGCUGCGCCAGAUCAACGACGACGAGGAUGAUGGGGACGUAGACAGUCUGGGUGUCUUGCCCCUGAAGACUCAUGUGGCGGCCAACAGGCAAAGGAGGAGCCUCUUCGCUGCGGGCGCCGGCAAGUCGAGCAGCAGUGCCAACAGCAGCCCGGAAACCAACAAGGAGAACAAGAAAUGCCGCGGAGGAGUCGUUACAGCCGCCGCGGAGCAACUGCCCCAAUUGUUUACAGCCACCAUGCGGCUGAAUAGCAACAGCAGCAGCAAUAGUCGCACCAGCAGCCCCCGCAAGCCGAAGGUCCAAAGAAAGCGAGCUGAUUCUUCAAUGUCAUCGCCCACAUGCUCCUCCGAAGGAACUCCUUCACCGAGGGCCAAACCCAACCUCAGACGCAGUCCACGAACCCCCAACGCGCUGAAGGAUCCAGAUGCGCUUUCUCCGUCAGACUCAUUUCAGACUAGACUAAGCAAGGUGGCAGCUAUGUUAAUGAAGGGCCAGGAUCCAAGAUCUGUGUUAGAAUCUAAGAAAAAACACAACCAUAACCUAAGAACCACCGCCCAAGUGCAUAUAACUAAACCCAAGAAAACGAGCCCAUCUGAAGACACUCAGUCGGAGGACGAGAAACCCUCUAGUAGUAAAAACUCCAGGAAGAAAAGAGAAGUACGCGAAGCAAAGGGAUCGCAAAUCAUCAGUCCCAAAACAAGGAAUAGUCGACGAAGCUGCACGUCUGUGGAAAUAAACAGCCACAAUCUGAAGGCUGCUGCCCAUGUACCUGUUAUUAAAACAGACAAGGAGAACAUAACUUCGGGUGACGAGGAAAACCGAGUUACUAAAACCGCAGCAGUUAAGCUGGAAAACAGCAGAAGAAGGACGAAAUCCCCAGUAGAGGUGUUCAAGUCAAAUAACGAUGAAGCCACACAACAGAACCCAGGAAAUACCAUCUGUAAAAAAGCGAAAUCUCCAGGAGAAGACACGGCAAAGAGCUUAGAGAACCCAAGAGACAGUAUGAAGGUUGAAGUCGAAGUGCCCGAAUCGGACGAGGAAGCAACCAAUCGUAAGCCCCCAAAGCGAAUGCACUCUGAAACGUCCAGCCAGACUGCUCCCUCAACGGAGUCCGACUCAGGAUCGCCGCAGAGCAAGAUGCGCAAGGUGACGCUGAGUAGCAGCAUACCCACCAUGGCCUUCUAUUCUCACAGUGGUGGCACUGCCACAAAGUCGAGAGGAAGGCCGUCCGAAUCCAAGAACAAGCUUAAGCAACCGACGAAAAUCUCUCCAAGCUCCCGUCCACAAUUGGGCAUUAAUAGAGGGGUUCGCCACAAGAUACGAAAGCGCCAUGGAUUCGCCACUCGACUGCCAGCCACCGACUUGGACAACAUUCUCAACUCGUUGAGCAACGAGCGGUUGAAGAACUUGAUCACCACCAAGCGGCAAGAGCGCGCCAAAGUGGAGGAAGUCCAUCAGAUCCUGCGUAGUGCCAAGGACCCGAUCAAAAUGGCCAAACCAUUGAGUGUGAUUGAAGGUGACGAUGCUAACAAUAAUAACAGUGUGCCUGCAACGGCAUGGCAAGAAACCUCAGCCGACUUCUCCGACCUUAGUGAGGAUGAGGAUAUUGAACCCGUCAUCGAGAUGGAGCCCAUCAUACCGAUAAUUCGCCACGAACCGGUCCAGAAGUCGCCAAUCGCCGAGCCAGCCGAUCUCAGCAAGCGAAAGUUCUUUAAAUCGGGCCGGCGAAGUAGCACCUGCAUGGAAGUGCGAAUCACGGACAACAUCCGGGCCAGUGUCACCCAGGGCAAGAUUGCCCUCGUCCAAACUCCACGUCGUAAGCCGCGGCAAGUGCGCGUCAGGUCGGCCACUAUAUUUUCAGCCGAGCAGGCCACUGUGGAUGCAAUCUUGAAGAACCUGGACGAUACGGUGGUGGAUGAGAUUGUUGAGUCAAAUCCGGUGGCACAGACAACGCCUAAGGAUGCGGUAGAAACAGCGAUGGAAACGGAUCCGCUGCCGGAUAUAAUUGAAUAUGCACCAGAAACGAACAAUGUGGAAAUUGAUCCCUUUGCUGAGUUCCGUCAACGUUUGCCAUAUGAAACCAAUGAUCCCGAAGUCGUGGAACAGCAGCAAAUCUUGCUGGAGUUUCUCAUAAGCAACAAUAUAUGCACCGAAAAGAACUUUGAGAUCUUUAUUGCCAAUCCGGACAACUAUAAGGACGAGGCCAAUCAAAUAGUGGACAACUUGUACAUGGUGGUAAACAGCGAGGAGGCUGCGCAGCUUGCUGAGAUGGAAGCGGCGGUGGUUGUUGCACAACAACCGGAUCCUCCAGCAGCCGAGGAAGUUCAGCCAAAGCUAUUCCCCAUCUUCACGCAACGCCUACAGCCCGUUGUCCAGAAAUCGUUGCGUCGUCGUCCGGAUACAUCGAUGAGAUUGAUUUCGGCGGCUGGGGGAUCGAAUCAGUACCAGAUCGAUGCCGGUCAAAAGGCCUUCGGAGCGCGACAGUGCCAACAGUGCGGACUGGUGUACACCGUGCACGAACCGGAGGAGGAGCUGCUGCAUCGGGAGUACCACAACUCAAUACAUGUGCUGCGAUUUAAGGGCUGGAUCGACGAGGACAUUGUGGCCGUUUAUCCGGAGUGGGCCAGCGACGGCCGCAUCAUACGUAUCAACGAACGCGCUCCGGCAGCUCGGCUCGACAGGCUGCGGGAUCUCAUUGGUGUGGUGGACAAAGAGCUGGGCUACUCCUCGUACAUUGUGCCAAAGAUCUUUGUGGCCUUCAUGGCGGUGCGAAAGCAGCAGAUCGUGGGUUUCUGCCUGGUGCAGCCCCUGACGCAGGCCCAUCGUUUCAUCCAGGUCGAUGGCACGGACUACUUCAGUGAGGAAAGCUACCCGGCCAGCUGCGGCGUAUCACGCAUCUGGGUUUCCCCGUUGCAGCGGCGCAGCGGGAUCGCCAGCAAGCUGCUGCGAGUGGUCCAGUGCCACACGAUUCUCGGUCAGGAGAUCGCCAAGGAGUGCAUCGCCUUCAGCACGCCCACCGACGAUGGUCGAGCACUGGCGCGCCGGUUUACCGGGUUGGAUAACUUCCUGACCUACGACCAGUGAUCGGGCUAAAUGGAAUCGGCUAUUGAAUAGCUGGAUUGUUUUUUGAGUUAGGAUUGCUUCGGAACCUGUAAUAGUUGAUAAGGAAAUGCGAUUUUGUUACAAAGCGGCACGAA